CUACCAGGGGUUAUUUGGCAAAUGUUGUCACUGACCCAAGACCGACCAUACGUGACGCAGAGUCACAUCCUGCCCGAGGUGCCCCUGCUCUAAACUAAAUAUGGCGGAUCUAGAGAGGAAAACUCGAUAAAACCCGCAACUUCAGGUGUCAAUCGAACCGUGCCUAUGAGGUGAAUGGCACUGCGUUAUUGUGUCUUUGAACGGUGGCCUCCGGAUACCUGGCGCCCUCCGGUUGUAUUUAGCCUUACCGCAGCAUAGGGGCUCUGUGGCGGUGGACCUCCUUUCCCCUAUACUCGUGGGACCCAAAAUGAAUGAAACUAAUACAAAAAACUAUUUAAAGGCUGAGGAGCCAACAAACCAACUGGCAGAUAAUAAACCUGCUAUCGCAUUUCGCGAACCGAUAAAUAUAUCAGACGAGGAGAAACCUCCGACAAAAGUUAAGACAUUUACGUCGCCGGUUGUGGCAAAGCUUAGUGGAGCCGGUCGAAAACGACGAAGGCAAUACAUGGCCCAAGGUUACGAUAGAGAAGAGGCUACAAAGCUUGCCAUGAUCCCCAACCUUCGUGUGGGAAACAUGAGAAACAUCUCUCAUAACGAAUCUAAAAAGCCGGUCAACUUUAAUGUUUAUGCUUGCCGGAGAAGGCUUAGCGGUGCCGGAAGAAAACGGCAGCUUGUGGCCAAAGAAACAGGCCAAAGACUCGCCGAAAACCGUGCAGAUUACCCAAGAGAUCAACCGAAUGCAGGGGGCUCAAGAGAUCUUCGCAGUCCAACUGAAGAGCAGAGUUACAAUUCUAGUAUCUUGCGGCUUAGCGGUGCCGGAAAGAAACGCUUAAAGCAUUUUCUGCUCAAAGGUUAUGACCAUGAAACUGCUAAAGGGCUGGCCCAGAAUCCAAUAAGUAAUCGGUCGUUGUCUCCACCACCAAAACUGGAGAAAUAUUCUCAGGACCCAGGCUUCGGCGACCGUGAUUCUCCCAUAAUGCUGGUCCAGAAUCCAAUGAAUAAUCGCUCGUUCUCCCCACCAGUAAAACGGGAGAACUAUUUCCCGGACCCAGGUUACAACCGUGAUUCUCCCAUUAGGCGGUCGCAGAGUCCAAUGAAUGACCGGUCAUGGUCCCCACAACCGAAACUGGAGAGAUAUUCCGAGGAACGCACAUUUCGGCGAUCUUACACGGAGACUAUGAAUGCACCAGCUGUUAAUCUGGACACCAGAUCGCCACCAGUCAACGAUAGACCCAAUCUCAUGAGAGCUAAGCAACCAAACCAAAAAAAAAUUAAACUGGCUGUGAUCCCUGCCCAAUAUCCGGAUGAAUUGUGGACAGUAAACCAACUUACCACCAUACAGGGGGCAAUUCUGAGUGCCAUUCGAAAUCAACGAGAUGGAGCACUAAAGCCCACAUUUGCGAGGUGUAACUUGAGUACGGGCUGGCUGCAGUUAUGGUGUGAAAACGACGGUACAGCCGAUUGGCUAAUGGAGACAAUGCCGAGACUUAAACUCUGGCCCGGUGCAGAAGCAAGAGUUGUGCCUGUCGCAGAUAUGAAACGCUCGGUAAUCUACGUAGGAUACUUUCCGUAUUCGGCGGACUCUACAACCGAUGAAAUUUUGCAGCUCGUCGAAGGGCAGAAUGUUGGCCUUCGAGUUGGUGCGUGGCGAGUUAUCCAUAGAAUCACAAAGGGUACCGCAGAAGAGAUCGCUUUAUCGGUUGACCCCGCCUCUGCCGAUAAGUUGAACGCAUUGGGAAAUAAACUAAACUAUGCUUUUGGGCGAGUAAAAAUGCGACCAAAGAGCAACCGUGUGCGCAACUUUCGGCCAGAAGUAAGGGAUAGAAAAGCCAACAAAAAGCCCAACACUGUUAGAACACCUCCAAACAUCAUGGAACAACCGUCUUGUUCUAGUUAUAUGAUGGGUACAUCGCCGUCACCUUCACGGUCACAAUCACCUGGACCACCACCAGAAGCAGAUUUCUUUCAUAUGCAUUCCAUUGACCAGGGGCCUGAAGCAUGGUCAGAUUCAGGCAAUUUUGGUGAGUUCGGCAAUGUAGCUGCGAGCAACACCAAUGAUAUGUCGGCGGAUCCAUGGCAAAGGAGAGAUCGCCCGCCAAAUUUCGUAAGACAACAUUCUCCAGAAUGGCAGCCACCGCCGCCUCAGGAUCAGUUCGAUCAGUUCGAACCGAACCGAUUUAAUUGCCGUUCCCGAUCCCCCGAUGAAAGGCAAUGCUUUCAACCACGGGAACAAGGCGAGCGUUUCCACCGCAACUGGGACAAUGAGCGUGAUGAACGCGGUAGAAAUUGGGAAUAUUAAUCGUGCCCUACCAACAGCUUUAGUGAUGUUUAUGACCAUGGGAUAUACCUAGUCAUUGAACUCUGGUAAACCUUAAAAUACACUGGUAAAUCUUAAAAUUUUAAAAUCACGUAAAAUCUAUCGCUGUUGCAAAUUUAGGUGCAACCUUUCAUUUCACAUUUUCAUGCACGGCUUAAAUUCAUUCCAGAUUAAAUAAUACACCUCAGAAAUCGUAUAUAAAAAGCUAAUGUAUUCUCUGACGAUAAUAACGGUAAUAAAUUUUCACUAACUGUCGUUUUAA